AUGAAAUGAAAGUUAUGUUAAGUUACUUUAUUAUUUUCUUAGCAUUUUCAAAAUUACACGAUAAGUUCUUGUCUGAUCAGAACCGCCGUCUUCCCACCUACCUAUCUAUUUUCUAUGAGAGGUCAGACGAGAACUUAUCGAAUAUAGUUCAGACACAGACCUGGCCCCCAGUGAGAGCACCCAGCACCAGGUGGGGGGUGGCCGCCUUGCAUCGCCCCGAAUCGGCUGAACCGCUCCUGUGCGCAUGUCGAGCGACCUACACAGAAAAAAGCACUAAACAGGCCAGAAUCCGAAUACGAACGACGAGCACACGAAGCACCACCGUACUGGGACGGCUGUUGGCGGAGUUCGCGCGGUUCUCGGUGGUUAUUUGAGCAUUUGGUGGCACUGCGAGCGGACUGAGUGGCAAACUAUCUGCAACAACAUCAGCUUAGGCAACAGCAAUAGCAGCAACAACAAAGGUUAAACCACCACUACAAAAAAAAAAAAAAAAAAAACAACAAAGGGAAAACGCAUCUAAGCUACCAAGACCAAGAUCCAAGACCAACGCACUUUUGGUUUCUUUGUUACGAAUUUUUUGGUUGUGUGUUUUUUUUUAAAACAUCGUACCUCGAUAAAAAAAAACAAAAAGUGGACUCACCACAACAGCAACAACAAAAUUAAAUACGAAAGUGCGCAAUAAUAAAAAAAAAAUUACAACGAACACGGAACGUGCGCAAUAAUUUGUUUAAAAUCAAUGAAGACUGCAACUGCGCAAAACUGAAAACUGAAAACUGAAAUUGCAUCACAGCCCGAACAACCAGAACAGGCCGAGACCCCAAAAACUAAAAAGCCAAAAAGUAUAUCCAUAAUAAAAUAAUUAGAAACGGAAAACGGAAAAGUCUAUGCCAGCGAGAGAGUGGAAAAUCAAUUGAGGAAACCCCCAUUAGAUAGCCUUCGGAGGACCGAGAGCGGAAGCAGGAGGAGGUGCAUCAGAACUGGCCAAGGGCUGGGGAGUGGAACGUCCCUCCUACAACAACUAACACGAUGCCAUCCCUGUUGGAGGCGCUGGAGCGCAAGUACUUCGACGAGUGCGAGUUCGAGAAUGCCCACCAACCGGAGCUCCAUAAGCGAAGUGAUCUGCCCAAUGACUUCACGGUGACGAAGUGCGGCGGGCGGAUGGAGUUCUCCAUCUUUAUACCGCGACUCUCCCCCCUGACCAGUGUGCCAGCGUUGCUGGUUCUCAACGACUGCGACAUCGAUUCCGCUGGCGACUUCGAGAGCAUCCGCGACAAGUGCCAGCGGGUGCGGGAACUGGAUCUGGCCCAGAACAAGCUGCGCGACUGGUCGGAGGUUUUCAGCAUACUGGAGCACAUGCCGCGCAUUGAGUUCCUCAAUCUGAGCAAAAAUCAGCUGGCCAGUCCUAUUAGUGCCCUGGCCACGGCCCCCACGAUCAACCUCAAGAGCUUGGUGCUUAAUGGCACCUACCUGGACUGGGCCUGUGUGGACGCCCUGCUCCAGAACCUGCCCGUUCUCCAGGAGCUCCACCUCAGCCUGAACAACUACAGACAGGUGUUGAUAGACGCCCACGAGGCGGAGGCGGAACAGAGGCUCCAGAGGACGGAACCGGAAACAGAAGAGGAAAAGGAGCAACGGAGGCUAACCAAAGCCCAUCCCGAACUAAAGACUUUGCAUUUCACCGGCAAUCCCGUCGAGCAUUGGCAGGAAAUCUGCCGGCUAGGCCGCCUUUUCCCCAACCUUGAGGCCCUGGUGCUGGCCGACUGUCCCAUACGCUCGCUCCAGACGGAGGAGACGGAGGACGAGGCCGAGUCCGCAUCCCACAGAUACUUCCCCAGCCUGAAGCUACUGAACCUCAGCUCCGCCCAGCUCAACAGUUGGAGUGCCAUCGACCAGCUGGCCAAGUUCGGGCAGCUGAGAAAUCUCCGCGUGAAACACUGGCCCCUAUGGGAGAGUCUUGAGUGCACGGAGCACGAGCGGCGCCAGCUCCUGAUAGCCCGUCUGCCCAAUGUGGAGAUGCUGAACGGAGGCGGGAAGAUCGGUACUGACGAGCGGGUGGACGCCGAACGGUCAUUCGUCCGUUACUACAUGGACAAGCCCGAGGAAGAGCGACCUGCCAGGUACGAGGAGCUGCUCCAGAUCCAUGGCAAGCUGGACCCUCUGGUGAACGUCAGCCUGAAGCCGGACAAGCGGGUGAAGGUCGUGUUCACCUACAAGGAUGUGAGCGAGAGCCGGUUCGUGGACAUCUACCUGACGGUGAACGAUCUGAAGGUGAAGCUGGAGAAGCUGGUGGGCCUGGCGCCCAACAAGAUGCGCCUCUACUAUCUCGACCAGGACUACAAGGAGUUCGGGCCCGAGGAGAUGAGGUUCCCCAACAAACAGUUGUACAGCUACAACAUCCAGUCGGGUGACGAGAUCAUCAUCGAUGCCAAGAAGUGAGGCAGGAGGCGACACCCCUGUCCGGUGCUACAACUUGUGAUCUUGUACACGAACACUUAUACUUAACGUAUUUUUAUUUCCUAAUGUUAAAGCGGUUCUGUUCUCCCCCCAGCAAACUACUGUGUAAAUACGUUCAGAAAUGAAAACGGCCAAGCGAGCAUUGCGCACCCACAUCGUAUUUUUUAAUUACUGCCUAACCUAAGCCACACACACUCUACACACACACAACACUUACAAUCUAUAAGAAGAAAACACAUCAAACAAGCAAGAAUGCAUUAAACAAUUUUAAAAUUUA